UUAAACGGAACUUUGUGAAAAUGUUCUUUUCAUGCAUUCCCUGGCUAAAUUACAGAUGACUGAGAUCCCCCACAUGUGUUCAUGUGACAGUGAACCGUCCAUCCCAGCAGCCCGCAGGCUUUGGUUCCGGACCGACACAAGGAGCGUCUUUCAAACAGCCGCAGCGGGAGUUUAUCUCUGGACUUUGGAUCCGAUCAUGUUCUGACAGCAGGAGGGCGCAGAGAGUCCAGGAGCCGCUGGCUGAGCUCCGCACCGAUGGAUUUCCACAGCCUCUGCUCCUUUGAGUAUUUCCAGCAGAGCUGCAGUCAAUACGGCUAUGAGGGGAACCUGAGCGGCCUGGUGGAGCAGGAGUUCAGCCGAAGCAAAGGUCUUGUUUAUCUGGAUCAUGCUGCAGCCACUCUCUACCCGGACUCUCUGCUCAGGGACUAUUUCCGGGACAUUUCCACCAAUCUGUACGGAAACCCCCACAGCCACAAUCCCAGCAGCAGCUUGACACAUGAUACCGUGGAGCGGGUCAGAGACAGAGUGUUGCAGCAUUUCAAUACCACCUCCAAAGAAUACUCCGUGAUCUUCACCUCUGGUUGUACAGCGGCUCUCAAGCUUGUAGCCGAGAGCUUUCCUUGGAGCUCCCCGACUGAGAGGGAAGCUGGGAGCUUCUUCUCUUAUCUUACAGACAGCCACACGUCUGUUGUUGGCAUUAGAGGACUGACUUCAGCCCUGGGGGUAGUUGCCCUGCCUGUCUCCCCACAGGAACUGACAAACAGGGCGAAGGACAGAGUUCAGGGAGAAGAUGUUUUCUGCCAAACGCCGCACCUUUUCUGCUACCCGGCACAGAGCAACUUCUCAGGGAGGAAGUAUCCUCUUAGCCAUGUGAGAGGCAUCCAGGCGAGACGCCUUUACCCAGCGUGCGACCGCCCAGGCCGCUGGUUUGUGCUGCUCGAUGCAGCUUCGCACGUCAGCUGUUCCCCUCUAAACCUGCAUGACUGCCCUGCUGAUUUCAUUCCCAUUUCCUUCUACAAGAUAUUUGGCUUCCCAACAGGUUUGGGGGCCCUUCUUGUUCGUAACGAGGCAGCAGGAAUACUAAAAAAGUCUUAUUUCGGAGGAGGCACAGCAGCAGCUUACCUUUCUAGAGAGGAUUAUUAUGUGCAGGCAGAAAACAUUUCUGACAGAUUUGAAGACGGUACGGCCUCCUUCUUGGAUAUUAUUGCUUUAAACCAUGCAUUUGAAUCUCUUUACCGGAUGACAGGCGGCAUGCACAACAUCCAGCAGCACACUUUUGGCUUGGCACGUUACACUUACAUGCUGCUCUCAAGUCUUUGCCAUGGCAACGGUAGACCAGUAGCGCGGAUAUACACCGAGGGCCAGUUUGAGAGUCCAAUCACUCAGGGAGCAAUCCUGAACUUCAACCUCCUGGAUUCUAGCGGGCAGAUAAUUGGAUACUCUCAGGUAGACAGAAUGGCCUGUUUGUACAAUAUUCAUGUGCGAACAGGUUGCUUCUGCAACACCGGGGCCUGUCAGGCCUUCCUUGGGAUCACUGACCAGCAAAUGAAGAGAAACCUUAAGGCAGGUCAUGUCUGCGGGGAUAACAUUGACUUGGUGGACGGCCAGCCAACCGGAUCUGUUCGCGUGUCCUUCGGCUACAUGUCCACGUUCGAAGACUGUCAAAAGUUCCUGAAGUUUGUGGCGGAGUGUUUCGUGGAGAAACCCGUCACGGUAGACCAAGUGAGGCUGCAGAAGCUGAGAGCAGCCAGGGCAUCAUCCGGGGGAUCAAGUGAACACCCUUCAAAUGAAAUUUCUAAUGGAGAAAACCACGAAGGAGCUGAGAAGAAAUCCUUAGAAGUGUCUCAGGGAGGAUUUAGACACAGAGAGUCAAAAAGCCCCACGGAGGCUUACACCCUGACCAACAUCUACAUAUACCCCAUUAAAUCAUGUGGAGCGUUUGAGGUGCACGACUGGCCGCUGGGACCGCUGGGUUUACUGUAUGACAGAGGCUGGAUGGUGGUAAAUCAGAACGGCGUGUGUCUGAGUCAGAAGAGAGAGACGCGUUUAUGCCUCAUUCGCCCGCAAGUCCACCUCCCCUCGAAUAAAUUGUUCCUGCAGGCAUCAGGGAUGGAUACCAUUUCGGUCCCCCUGGAAGACGACGCUGGGUUGCACACAAACUCUCGUGUGUGUCUGAGUAAAGUUUGCGGUGACAGGGUAGAAACGAUGGACUGCGGAGACGAGGCUGCAUCGUGGCUCUCAGACUUCCUUGGACAGCCAUGCCGCCUGAUAAGACAACGUCCUGAUUACACUCGAGGAAUGAAGAAGAAGCCAGCUGAAGCUGCUGACUCCCCGCUCCUCUCCCUGGUGAAUGAAGCUCAGUAUCUCUUGAUCAACCGUGCCAGCGUGGAGCUCAUUCAGGAUCUAAUGAGCAGCAGGCAGGACGGCUGUGAGGGCGAUCAGCUCCUCGACGCACAGAGUGUCAUCAGGCGCUUCCGUGCCAAUUUAGUCAUAGCUGGAGCAGAGCCCUUUGAAGAGGAUAAUUGGUCACACUUGAUUAUUGGCAACACACGAUUCAUGGUUGCAGGUCGGUGUGGAAGGUGCCAGAUGAUUGGAAUAGACCAGGACACGGGGAGCAAAACUAAAGAGCCGCUCAUCAGCCUGUCAGCCCACCGGGCCGGGAAGGUGACGUUCGGCGUUUAUUUGAGUCACCAAAAUCCUGAUUGUUCCACCGGAUCUAACGUCCUCUCUGUUGGCUCCCUGAUACAGGCUGAAGCACAGGAUUGUUGAUCAGAGCCAUUAUACACUACUGACAGAUGUGGCCCCUCAGAGGCCCCUUAUCCUCUCUACAUUGUGAAGAUCACCUCACAUACAGUACAAGCCAUUCAAAAUGGCCCAUUCCAGUAAAAACUCUACUCUGACUCCAACCUUUCCCUGAAUUACAGGGUCUGACCAGGAAAUAAUGCUUCCCUUUAGAUCUUAAUGUCUACAAAUCAUGACAGAAAGAAUAUUUUAAUACAAAUAUUGAUUUUUAAAAAGGAAUUGUAGGGGAACAGCCAAAGACUAAUUAAGGAAAUUGGGGGAAUUUUGAAUGGCUACUACUGUAUUUUCCUCGAGGGAUUUCUUGUUUUUGUUGUCUUUUAAUCCCAAUCAGCCAUGUUGAAUCCAACCAUGAAGCUCUGCUUCGGUUAAUAUUUCUAUGAAAUUCAUAUAAUCCAGAUUAGAAUACAUGUUAAACUCUAGUUUUUGCCAAUUCUGUAACAUUUCAUAAGCUUGGAGCAUACAGAUAGAGAGACCUUUAAACUUUUUUGGUUUGUUUUAAAUCAUCAGGACUCCUGGGCUCUCUGUUCGGCCCUAAAGGUCGGGUUAUUAUCCCGCUGAAAGACCCACUGAUGGCCCAUUUUCAGUCCAACAGACUUUUAUUUCAAACUGAUUUUUAUACCUGGUGUGACCGAAGUCUUUCAGUGCACUUAACAACAAGCAUGACAUGUUUUUCCACAUUUUAUCCUUUCUGUGAAACAGAAAUCACCUGGAGCGAUCUGUCUUUAAAAGUUCAAUUUUAAACUCUUAAACCUUUUUCUUUCUAAAGGAGUUAAAACCAUUAAAGGUACACAGUCAGGUAAUAUGCCUGUACCAAAAAGAGCAAAUACCAGUGGAUUAUGAUGAAAUCGGGCUAUGCUACAAGCUUUUGUCCUGAUAGUGUUUUGAUGGUCCUUUUUGGUGCUACUGGCAUUGCCUCUGAACUAGCAGAAUACCUGAUGGUGGCCAUUGAUGCAGCUACUAAAUAAAUCCUGACUGUGCCAUAGAAAACUGACAGCUUGGAGGGCAGAGCUUAACAGCACUGCUAACACCAGUAGCAUUAUUAGCAAGGACAUUGUCAGGUCUAAGCACCUAAAACAUCAUACAUGCAUACAGGGAAAGAAAGA